CCGUCCCCAGACCCUCUCGCCGCCUGCCGCUACUCCCCGCAGACCCCAGAGCUCGCUAGGGUUUCGAGCCAAAUCCUUUUUUUCCGGGGAGAAAUCUCAAGCGGCGCCACCAUGCUUCUCUACACCGACAAGAUUUCCGGUGACGAGAUGCUCUCCGACUCCUUCCCCUACAAGGAGCUCGAGAACGGCUUGCUCUGGGAAGUCGACGGCAAGUGGGUUGUUAAAGGAGCUGUUGAUGUUGACAUUGGUGCCAACCCCUCUGCCGAGGGUGGUGGUGAUGAUGAGGGUACUGAUGACCAGGCCGUGAAGGUUGUUGACAUUGUCGACACCUUCCGUCUUCAGGAGCAACCACCUUAUGACAAGAAGCAGUUUGUGGCCUACAUGAAGGGCUACAUCAAGAGCAUCAGUAAAACUCUUGAAGGGGAGGAGCUUGAUUGUUUCAUGAAGAACGUCCAGCCUGCCACCAAGUAUCUUCUUGGGAUGAUCAAGGAGCUUCAGUUCUUUGUGGGUGAUAGCAUGAAUCUGGAAGCUGGCUUGGUGUUCGCCUACUACAAGGAAGGGGCCACCGACCCAACAUUCCUCUACUUUGCGCAUGGGCUGAAGGAGGUCAAGUGCUAAGCGCCUGGGCUGCUGCUCCGCUCCAUAUGUUAAAUCUAUUUUUGUUCUGGUCUGUGGUGUUAAUUGACUUGCCAAUGUUGGUAUCAGUAUCUAUCAGUAUCUAUCAGAUGUUGGGUUAAAACUUUGAGAAGAUUGUGGUAUUUGCUUCUGUAACGGGAACAUGGAAAUUAGUGUGGCAUCAUUGUUACUCUGUUUUUGUCGGACAA